AUGCGUUCGCCUUCGGCGCGCCGCCGCCAUCAGCGGUCGAACUUGCUGGCGUUCGCAAUUCUGGCACCUGUUUUGGCGACUGCGAUUCAGUUCACCCCGGUUCCCUCUGUGGACCUCGACCUUUCUCAGCUUGGCAGGAUUGGGGUGGCAGGUGACUUCAACGGCAUUUCCCGCUUUCAGUUUGAGGAACAGAACGAGAGGCCCUACAACACCAACGGAAGCGAAUCCUUGCUUGCCCAGCUGCCUAAUGACGCCUUUGCUUCGGUCAUCUCUACUGAUGCUUCGAUUCACGACAUGUGCACAUUCACCCUCCGAGAUGGGACGAUGCAGGGAGUGGUAAUUGGCGGUAAUUUUACGAGCUUGGAUGGUAUUCAGUCACAAGGCAUUGCCUUGUUCAACCCCAAUACAUCCGCCAUCACGCCUCUGGCUGGUCUCUCAGGUCAGGUUAAUGCCCUGCUCUGCGACCAAGAGGCCAACACGGUCUAUGUCGGAGGUAACUUCCGGAGCGCCAACUCAACCAACGCCAUUGCCUGGCAGGGCACGAAUGGCUGGACAAACCUUCCUUUUGCUGGCUUUAACGGCCCUAUCUCGUCCAUUACCAAAGCCUCCAACGGCCACAUCGUCUUCGGUGGUAGUUUCACUGGCCUCGGCAACACUAGCACCCCCACCACUCCAGAUGGCCAAAUCAUCAAUUUGUCAAGCGCCAACAUCACGUCAACCUCAACCACCUCUACACCCGGCUUUAGUGAUCCCCGUAACAUCAUCUGCAAGACGGAUGGAGUCGGUGGCCCGGGCAACACUUGGCUGCUGAACGAUAACGCCUUGGGGUUCUGGCAGGCCUCGUUCGGCUUCGGCUUCCAGCCCACGAAGCUCAGACUCUGGAACACUCAUCAGGAUGGUCGAGGAACCAAGACAUUCCGCUUCACCGCCCUUCCUCUUGGGGGCAUCCUAAACAUGACGUACUUGGACCCGGCAACGGGACAAAAUGCCUCCUGUACGAGUGAGUGUCCUCUCAGCAGCAACACCAGUGUCAAAUUCCAGGAUUUCCACUUCGUCAAUCUUGUUGGCAUGAACUCGUUCAGGAUCGACAUUUCUGAGUUCUAUGGAUCCGGUGCUGGCCUCAAUGGCAUUCAGCUCUUCGAGGAUGACAUAAACUCAUAUGCGGUCAACGCCUUCAACGCCCCAGCUUGCUCCGAUAGUGAUACCAAGUCAUCUGCCACUGCCACUGGGCCGUGGUCGACCUCACCCUCACUGCAGAGCAGCUCUCAGUACCUGACUGCAAAACUCUCCGGCAGCAUUACCACGAACUCUGCCUCGGUCACUUUUUUCCCGGACCUCAAGGAAUCCGGCAACUACUCUGUCAACCUGUAUACACCAGGCUGCUUGCAGGACGCCACUUGCUCGACCCGAGGACAGGUAAACGUCACGGGUAUCAUGUCACCCUCCGGCAAAGAUAAGUUUACGACAUCGCUCUAUCAGACCAACAACUUUGACAAGUACGACCAGAUCUACUUCGGAUACAUCGAAGCGAGCUCUGCAGACGGUUUCCGGCCCAGCGUUACUCUUACUCCAUUGGCCGGUCAGAACCUAAAUGAAAUGACUAUUGUCGCCCAGCGCGUCGGGUUUACCCUCAUUAACUCUACAGGAGGACUAAAUGGCCUAUUCGACUUUGACCCUUCAGUUGCCACUUUGGACACGGACUUCAAGAGCUCCAAGAUCAACCAGCUCGGGUCAUCGUUCUCCUCUGGCUCUGCCGUUACCAGCCUGACAACUGCUGGUGAUUUGGUCAUUGUAGGGGGCAACUUUACAUCUUCCUCUGCUCGUAACGUUAUCGGCAUCAACACCGCAAGUGAGGCUACUGUGGCGCUCGAUGGCGGUCUUAACGGUGAAGUCAGGGCGAUGCAGCUCAACGGCACUCAGCUCUAUGUCGGCGGCAUCUUUUCAAACACUCAAGACAACGCAGUUGCAGGCCUAAACAACGUCGGCGUCUACGACAUUUCCGUCAACACCUGGACUGCACUUGGCUCGGGUGUCAACGGCGAGGUCUCCCACGUGGUCCCUAUGCUCAUCAACCUCACGAAUGAAAACAAGCCCGAGUCAGUUAUUACCUUCACCGGUGACUUCAGCGAGAUCAACGCAUUUGGCGACAACUCUGCUAUUCCCGUCACUGGAUUCGCCGUCUGGGUACCUUCUCGGAAGAACUGGCUUCAGAACCUCUCUGGUCCCGUCCCUGCCUUCAACGGCAUUUUGACGACUAGCAUUUUCAACCUCCCCGGUGGAGGAUCUCUUUAUGCAGGGUCUAUGACGUCGGCUACAAUCAGCGCCAACGGGGCCGUCACUUUGGCCGAGAGUUUUGGCCAGUUUCCUAUCAAGAUCAAGCCCUCGUUCCCGAGCUCUCGCACGAUCAGCAAGCGCGAUUCGGUCUCGAGCGGCAGUGUUACGGGUGUGGUCACCGGUGCGUUCUACAACAACAAUAACCGCAACAUUACCAUCCUUGGUGGUCACUUCACGGCUGAAGGCGCGAACGGCACCUCUGCCAAUAACUUGGUGCUUAUUGAUGGGUCAAACGCGAACACAAUUACCGACCUUGGCUCUCAGAUAGAGGAUAGCUCGACCUUCAUUGCACUCGCCAUUACAGGUGAUCUGCUCUUCGCCGGCGGUAACAUACGUGGCCGUGUCAACAACAACGACGUCCGAGGUAUUGUUUCCCUCAACCUGCAAAGCGCCAGCUUCAACAGCACUCAGCCACCCGGCGUGACCGGCGGUGACGCUACCGUCACCUCUAUCGAGGUCCGCCCUGAAUCCGGCGAUGUUUACAUUGCUGGCUCGUUCGAUUCAGCUGGCGCGCUCGGCUGCCCGGGCGUUUGUUACUACGAUACGUCCCUCGCAGCCUGGAACCGUCCUGGUGUCAAUCUCGACGGCACUGGCCAUGCGCUCAUCUGGACAAGUAAGGACCAACUUGUUGCCGGCGGUAACUUUACCCUCAACAGCUCCUAUCCGGCAAUGCUUGCAAUGUACAGCCCCGAGCGCCAAGCCUGGUCUGCGUACCCCGGCCAAGCUUCUUUACCCGGCCCUGUGGAGGUCCUGACAGCCGGAUCACGAGACCGUAACCAACUAUGGGUUUCCGGAACCGCAUCAAACGGAUCUGUUUACCUGAUGAAGUAUGACGGCACUGCCUGGCGCUCGGCGGGAGUCACUCUCCUCCCCGGUACGAUUGUGAAGAGCCUUCAGGUCUUCUCCCUGACCACAUCUCACGACAAUACCGAUAUCUUGAACUCCAACCAGGUCUUGAUGAUGACGGGCUCGCUCAACAUUCCCAACUUCGGCACAGCGUCAGCUGCCAUCUUCAACGGCACCACCUUCCAGCCAUAUGCCCUUACUACUAACAGUGGGAACACUGCUGGGUCGAUCUCAAGGAUCUUCACCGAGAACGAGGACUUCUUCUCCGACAACGCCAAUCACUUGGCCCUCGGAUUUGUCGUUCUUAUUGGCCUCGGUAUCUCGCUCGCCCUCAUCUUCCUCCUGGUUAUCGCCGGCAUGGCCCUCGAUCGUCUACGCAAGAAACGAGAGGGUUACUCGCCAGCCCCAACAUCAAUGUAUGACCGAGGCGGUGGUAUGCAGAGGAUUCCACCUCAUGAACUCUUUGAAUCACUUGGCAAGGGUCGACCUGGUGCGCCAACGGUAUAG